GAAUUGAAAAUUAAUUAUUUUUCGAACUAAUCAAAAGAGUUAAAAUGAUGAAAUCACAAAUCACAACUCUGAUAACAAUCUAUCGAUCUAGUUUCUUGUGAGCAGGCGAGUCACAUAUACAGUUUUCUUCAAGAACUGUAAGUCGAUUAUCCAAAUCAAAAUAGAACCAAUAUCGCCAAAACUUGCUCCAAAUCACCUCCCUCUUCCUUCAACAAUCGUAUAAUGAUCUCGCAGAUCGUCAUCAAAACAUUCCUCGUUCUAGUCAUCCUGGUCCCAUGUUGGACCGAAUCCACGUACCCCAGAUUGGCCAAAUCCUCCGUCUACAUCGACAAAACGAAACUCCUGAGGAUAUUUUUCAGCGCCGACGAUCGUUUCGGAUUCCUCACAUGCCCCAGACGCUUCGGUAAAUCCACAAAUCUCAAAAUGAUCAAACACUUCGCCCAGAUUAUAUUAGACAGAUCUCACAAACCUGUAGAUUGGCAAGGCAGCAAAACUCACAAAUUGUUUAAUAAGUUGACUAUCGCCAAUUACCCUCGAAUAGUAUCCGUUCAUAUGGCACGAUAUGUAGUGAUGUUGUUAGACUUGAGUAUUGAUCAAGACUCGGAAAAAGCUCUGGAUUUUUGGAACCAACGAGUAAGAACUUUGUUCCACGAAUACAGAUGGAUUUUAAAGGAGGAUUACGGGAUCGACGCGGAAGAUCUCGCGUACAUGCAGAAGGUACUGGAAAGCACACUGGAGGAAGACAGAAAACACGAAUCGUUACAUCGUCUAGCGAGAAUGGUGAAUAUCGCACUAAAUGGCACCAAAACCAUCGUCUUAGUUGACGAUUACGACAGUCCAAUGAGCAAGCUACGUUUCGACAACACUUUCGACACAACUCAGUAUUAUUUUCUGCUAAAUAAAAUCUUAUCGACCGCGUACACCGAGGGUCGCGAAUACAUCGAGUACAUGCUGAUCACAGGCACCUCGAGCAUUACAUUUUACAGCAAACAUAGCGGUUUUCCGAUCGAUAAUAGCACCAUUUUGCACCACGCUUUCCUGGAAGAUCAUCCAUUGGUUUCAUUUUGCGGUAUCCUGGAAAAAGAACUCACUACUAUGUUGGAUCGUCGCAAUUUCAACGAAAUGGACAGAUACCAGUUGAAAGAAUGCUACAACGGAUACAGAACCAGACUGAAACACAGAUCAGUUUACAAUUUGAACUCGGUUAAGGAGUUUUUGAACACAUCCGACUGCAAUGUAACCGAAUACUGGACGCGAAGAUAUCACAAACGAAAUGAUAAAUUUUAUCCUCGAGCUACUCACGAUGAUUUUCAAAGCUAUUGGUCGAUCGAUCGACGAGAUCACGUCAUUUUUGCUUUCUUUUACUUCCCCGAGUUCAUGAAUGAUUUUUCCAUUCCUGCUAAUUCGGAUAACCGGAUCGAGACGAAUUCUAGCAUUAGUAAGAUCUACGACGAAGAUUCCUACGUCAAGUUUCGCCAAUUAUUGAACUUUAUUUUCAACUAUUCCAGCAAGGAAGCUAGGGAGAUAACGCAGAAUAGACAGAGUUAUCUACCUAUUGUUCGGACUUUCGCUUUCGAAAAUGGGUAUUUUACCCAUUCAGUUGUGGAAGGAUUUUAUGGCGUUCCUAAUUGCGAAAUUAAGAUGGAAAUUAUCGAUAGAAUUGAAAAACUUCGACCAGCUGUGUCUUACGAUGAAUAUUGAGAUGUUGUGUACGGUGCAAAUUUUGAGAUGAUAUCAAAAUUAAUUAUUUUUCAAUUUCCGGCAACAUUCCAGAAAUUAUUUUAAAAUUGGAAAUUUUUAAUUAUCCAUUGUUGUAAAUAAAUGUAAUUUAUGAUUGUUUUU